AUGGCGUAUUUGUUUACUUAUUUGUGUUAACCCUUGGGUUGGUAUCGUAAUCUCCGUUCAUUUUUCUUCGUAUGUAAUUUAUUCGUCACGCCGUGAGUAGAUAAUACUUGCACCAACUGUAGGUCGUAAACUGUUGUACGAAACUUGGAACAAGGCACCGCUUUUUUCGAAGAUUAUGUGGACGCUGGUUGUGACUGAUUAUGCAAGAAGAUAACUCAAGUCAACUCUGCAUCUUCAGGAUUUGUGACACAGGCUGUCUAUUUAGCGUACGUCGAAGCCCCAGUUGUCGGGGCCUCCGACCACCGAGCAUCCUGGCGGCUUCGUCGGCUGGCGGGUGACGUCUACUGCGGCGGCGGCUCUUUCGGUGCGGACGCUGCAGCCUCGGCGCCGAAAAUGUCUGCCAUCUACUCGAUGCGAAAGCAGGUGACCUGCCCUCACUGCAACGUGCUGCUGUCGGGGAACACCGCGCUGGCUGCACACAUCGCGAAAGGACACCUGCCCAGUGUGCCGAUCACCAGUCCCACCACACCGGUGGCUCCGCUGGGCUGCAGUGGCGACUCGGGUGGACUGAAGACGCACAUCUCUACUGCUUUCGGUGGGCUGUUGGACCGAGGGCUUGUCAGUCGCCUGGAGAGGGGACGCGGCUCGUGUGGUUCGCCCCGCCUCGGUCGACCGCCGAAGAACCGGCCGCAAAACCAGACGGCACUCCAACCCGCGCCCACCUCGGCGUCCGCUUCGUCGUCGGCACGUCGGCCGCGACCCGUGUACAACACGGAACUGGCCAAGCAGGUGAUGCGGGAGCUGAGUUCGAAGCGGGUGGGGACGACCGAGGGUACCGCGCGCAAGUCUCACCUGCACCACUACGCCUGCUUCUACUGCCAUCGCUGGUUCAAGCUGCAGAGCACUCGCAAACUGCACAUGGUGAGCGCGCACCUGAACGUGAUCAUGGCCUCGAAGUCGAAGCAGGCGGAGCCCGGUGACAACCCGGACCGCCUGUCCGGCAGUGAAGACUCGGAUCGAGAGUGUGGCACCGACUCUGGUGAACUACGGGAAGUGCCGGCACACCGCAAAGUGGAGCGCGGCCAGCUCGAUUUCACACGGCAGGGCAGUUGGAGUGGGGGCGUCGUGUCCGCCGUCCCGACUUUGACACCCGACGAGGAGGAGGCUACGAAGCGGAAGGCGUUGGCGGCACUGCAGGAAAUGAGUGCGCGGCGACGUCGGGGCAGGGGCCGCGGGACGGCUAGACGGGGAAUGCGCCUCCCACCGGCACCGUCGUCCCGUGCCGACAGAGCUGCCGAGCUGGAAGAGAGGUCCGCCGUCGACCUGCCACCGGUGGAAACUGGCCAACUCACAUCUCCAAAGCGGGAAAUGGAGUACGUGUUUGUUGAAGAAGAAACUCCGUUUCUGCACAAGUGGGAGAUGCCCGAUGGUCCCGAUACGGCACAGGAUCCCCUGAGCAUUGAGGAAAAGACUGGUGCACUUACUGAUGAUCCACCAAUGGAAGAUGAUCCACUUUCCAUUUGUGAUCCACAGAUCGUUAAGAAAGAGGUUCUUGAUGAUCCAUUAGAAGUCUCAGGGUGCAGUGUCUGUAUUAAAGAAGAUCCAGACUUCGAUUUGGAAGUAGAUGUGACUGACAAUAAGGAGGCAGCCACCGAAGGACACUUUCCAGAUAUUACAGACACCACCAUCCUGACACCGACCGGCCACUCGGUUUCCGAGGCCGGCAGCACCGGGCAGACUGUCUCCGAUUUGUCUCGCGCUGGCGGCGGCCGCUGCGAGGAGGACUCCGCGGCGUCGUCGACAGGCGACACUGCUGCUCUGACCUCGGCAGACACUGGGGGUAUGGCCGAGAGCGGCGGUGUCGACGGGCCGGGCGAGGAGCGGCACCUCGACGGCACGGGCUCGGCCGGUACUGCCGACACGACGCAGCCGACCUGCUACGUGGAGAUCAUCGCUAAGGCCAUAUUGCGUUCGCCGAAAAGGAGGGCGACACUGUCGGAGAUCUACGCCUUCGUCACGAAGCACUUCCCCUACUUUGUCUGCAGCAAGAUGGGCUGGCACAACGCGAUCGCCAGCAACCUGUGGUUCAGCAAGUACUUCACGAAGGUGGCGCUAGGGGGCAGCAACGGCAAAUACUCCAACUACUGGAUGCUGGAUCCGCGGUACGAGGACACGUUCAAGAACGGCAACUUCUGCAACCACUGCCGAAUGUUGCUGUCGAGCUACGGAGGCCCGGGGGCGACGACCGCCCUCGCGGAGCUCGACGGCCGGGCCGUCAUCACCUGCCAGCCGCCCGACGCACGGCAACACCGGCAGCAGCGCAGCGACCUCUCGGCGCGUUCCCAGCUGCCGGGUGCCGCUGAGGGGUGGACGUUCGGCCUGCCGGCACUCCGGGCUGCCACCGUCACCACGGGCGGCGGUGACCACGUGCGACCCUCUGACGAUCUGCAGUGUCCCAGCACCGCCGCUCCGAGUUCAGCCGGUGCGUCUGUCUCCGAGGUUAGCGGUAGUGCCCCCGACUCGCCCCACCCUAGCAGUGGACACUGUGAGGAUGACGGCCCAGUGUCGGACACGGUGACGUCGACGGGAGAACCCGUCGCUCUGACCUCCACAUCUGCUGGCAUCGGCAGCGGUGGCACCGAUACAGACAGUGGGGCGACCGCGUCGGACGUUGCCGCCAACGGGUCGGACGGAGAGCAGCACUCCAGCUGUGCCGUCUCGACCGGUGCCGCCGACACGAAGCCGCCGUUCAGCUACGUGGAGCUCAGUGCUAUGGCCAUAGUGCAUUCGCCACACAGGAGGGCAACGCUUUCCGAGAUCUACGCCUACAUCACGAGCCGUUUCCCCUAUUUCGAGCACAACAAGAAGGGCUGGAGAAACACGAUCCGUGGGACCUUGUCGCUCUACGAGUGCUUCGUCAAAGUGCCACGGGAGGGUGGCGUCGGCAGCGGCUACUACUGGACGCUCGACCCGCAGUACGAGGACAUGUUCGAGAACGGCAAAUUCCGCCGCCGUCAGCGCACGAAUUGGCCGUUCGGCAGUUGCCCGUCAGCGGCGGUCGAGGUGGCGGUGGACCGUGGACACGCGCACCACAUUCGACACCGAAACCGCACUCACCACCCCCGACGGCAGCAACAGCACUCCGGCCUGUCAGAACACUGCCAGCUGCCGAGCACGGCUACUGGGCCUCGGCACGGGUCCCCGGUGCUCCACGCUGCUGCCGCCACCGAUACUGGAGACGGAGGCGGCGGGGGCGGCGACCUGUCGUCCACCACCGACUCGCACUGCGCCAGGUACAAGAACAGCUGAGCACCUUGUCAAGUGACCACGUCAUCAAAAUUAUCAGAUCUCCCCUCACAUUGUUAUUACUCUCCAUUUCAUUAAAGGUCUUUAUACCCAAUUACUUCAAAAAGUAUGGAGGCUGGAUUAAUAAAAAAAGAAAAAAGUUAAGAUGUCAGUUUUAAUGCUUCAGGUUUCCUACGUAGUCUUCUCCCACCACCCCUCUCCCCCUCCUCUGCUCCCCACCCCUCACACUACUAGAGUACAAUGCACAGAAUGUUCGUACUGCUGUGUGAAACUGUCAUAAAAGUCCUUCUUUGGAAUAUUGUUCAACUUGUGUGUAACAUUGGCUUGAAUGUUUGGUUAUGUCACCAUAGUAUUGAAUUCCUUGUGAAUUUCUGCACCUCGCCUGAAACAAAUUGUCCAUGUUUGCUAUUUCAGUGAAGUUGCUGUAGGCAUCAG